AUGCGUUCUGCCACCUUGGUCUCGGCCGCUCUGGCUGUUGCUGGCAUCGCUUCAGCUGUGUCUACAUGUGCUCAGGAUAUCACGGUCACACAGCCCACCCCCGUCAUUGCCUGCGAUUACAUCACAGGAGACGUCACUGUCGACUCGGCGAUUACAGGCAGUCUCUACAUCGACGGUCCCAAGCAAAUCAAGGGUGACUUGAUCAUCAACAAUGCUACGCAGCUUAUUUCCAUUUCCUCACCUUCCAUCAAUGCCAUUGGUGGCACUCUUCGCUUGCAGGGUCUUCAGCUUCUUAGCAGCUUCGACAUGAAAUCCCUGACGUCGGUUAAAAACCUCGAGUUAAUCAAUCUUAACCAGCUUAGCGGUCUCUCCCUCGGCACCUCAGGUGUCACCAAGGCCAGCUCUAUUAGGAUUCAGGAUACGUUCAUCAGCGACCUUAGCGGUCUGAACGUUGCCACUGCCGACAACAUCACCAUCAGCAACAACGCUCGCUUGAACAUGUUCGACUCCAAGCUUCAGAAUGUCACCAAUAUUCUCUCCGUCGUCGACAACGCUAGUAACAUGCAGAUCAAGAUGAAUAGUCUUGAAAACGCUGGAGAGCUUGAUUUCCGAUCCAUCAAGAGCUUUGAUGCUCCUAUUCUGGGGACUGCCUCUCGUGUCAGCUUCCAGGAGAGCCCUGAGCUUCUUUCCGUCUCCGCCAACAACUUGACUUCCAUCAAGGACUCGCUGACUUUGGACAACAAUAAAAAGCUCACCAACAUUUCGUUCACUGCACUCCAGACGAUCAGCGGUGACAUGACUAUCCGUAACAACACUGCUCUUAUGAAGAUCAACCAGUUCCCUGAACUUAAAAGCAUUGGUAGCGUCCUUUUGGCUGGUAGCUUCAACACUGUCGAGAUCCCCAAGCUCAACGACAUCAAGGGCACCGUGACCGUCACCUCAACCACCGACAUAUCCGAGUUCUGCGGUUUCUUCGAUAACCUCAAGACCAAGGGCCUCAUCCGUGGCAAGGAGUCUUGCACAUCCAACAAUGAGAAGGCUAACGAGGGUGGAAAGGGAGGCACUUCUGGCAGCGGCAAGAACAGCACCGACUCUGGUGCCAUGUCCUUUAGUGUCAACACUGCCAUGCUUGGCUUCGCUGCCGCCGCCGGCUUUGCUCAACUGUUCUAA